UAAAAUUAUGGAGGAUAUAUAAUUGAUUAUACGAAGAAUAAAACGUUCAGGUGAGCCUAGGUUGAUUCUUUCUGGUAAAUCUAUGAUCAGUAUACCUCCUGAAAUCUAUCAAUUAAAAUUGACUCAUUUAGAUCUAAGUUUUAAUAAAAUCACAUCAAUUGAAUCAAAAAUUGCAGGAUUAACUAAUUUAGAAGAGAUUGAUUUAAGCAAUAAUUGUAUAGAAGAAGUGCCAGAAGAAUUAUUGAGCAUGUCUAAUUUAUAAAGUUUGAAUCUAAGCAAUAAUCCAUUAUUACCAAAAUUUUAAACAUUGUAAGGCCAUUUUCAUCAACCAUAAUUGAAUCAAAUAUUACAGAAAGUGUUUUAAAUAAGUCCAGGAUCAAAUCAAUAAGCAAAGUAGGAAAGACAGCCAAUUGUUGAGAGGCCUAAAACAUAGAAUCGUGCAGUUAGAUAAAUAUCUGAAUUACAACAUACUAAUCAUGUUUUAGAGAUAGAUUCAAAUGAAUUUGAAGUCCAUGAAAUAAUUUCUUAAGGAGGAUUUUCAAUUGUACAUAGAGGAUAUUUGAGAGGUACAGAAGUAAGUCUUAAUGUGAAUAAUAGAUUGCCAUAAAAAAAAUAUUCAAUCCUAAUAUUACAUAAUAAUUAUUGGAUGAGAUUAAUAAUGAAAUUGAAAUGCUUUCAUUAUUAAGACACCCUAAUAUUGUAUUAUUAAUGGCAUGUUGUACAAAGCCUCCAAAUUUGGUAAUUGCUACAGAGUAUGUUUAAGGUGGAAGUUUAUAUCAUUUAUUGCAUAAAACAAAGUAUUUAAAUAAGAAAUAGUUUAGUCAUUAAAUAAAUGAGUAAUUCAAAUAUUCAAUAGCAAUACAGAUAGCUAGAGUACUUUAAUAUAUGCAUUAAGCAGGAGUUGUUCAUAGAGAUAUAAAAUCACAUAAUGUACUUUUGUAAGGAUAGACAAUAAAAUUAUGUGAUUUUGGUUUAACAAAGAGAAGUGUAAAGAUAUAGUAUAUAAUAUGAUAGUCUGAAUUGAAUUAAGGGUAUUAAUAAUUCAGUGGAACACCAACAUAUAUGGCACCAGAAUUAUUUGCAAAAAGGGUUAAGAUAUAAAAUAUUGAUAUUAGGCAUAUGAUAAGAGUGUAGAUUUAUUUGCAUAUGGUACUUUGUUGUGGGAGAUUUUUGCAAGAGAGAUUCCAUGGGAUUGUUUAGAGAUGUAAGAGAUAGUUCAAAAGGCAAUGAAAAAUGAAUAGUUGCCAGGAAGAAAUGUGCCAAAGAACAUUUUAUAGUUAGUGAAUGAAUUGAGAAGUAAGGAUGAGACAAAGAGGCCAUCAAUGGAUAUCGUAGUUAAAUAGUUAAUGAAUAGAUGAUUUAUAUAAUAAU